CCUGAGGGUUAAGAACAGAGGAUGCUGCAACAUUUACAGCGCUAUGAGACAAAUUGUGAUUUGUGAAUAUGGGCUGUACAACUAAGAUUUGAUUUAUUGAUUGACAGAGUGUUUGCUCUCACCAAAUUGAAUGCAUUACCACCCUACAUGAUUUCAUUUUCUGCCUUCAUAGUGACAUCAUGAUGACAUUAAUCACACCACAUGAUCAUGACUCUUUUUUCACUGUGUACAAGCCUGAGGUUGUGACUAUAGGAUGCAUAGGAUGAAAGAUACCUUAAAAAUGUUAUUGUUCUUUCAUUUUCUAUUCUCCCUGUCUCCCUGAAAUCACUGCCGGGUUUCCCAUUAAUCAGCCAGACUGUGGUGGCCUGUCAUCGUGACAUUACACUGAAGAUUAAAGAUCACCGACUCAGUUGUUUUAGGCUUCAUUAAAAAUAUGCAUCUCAUGAAACACCUGGGGUACUUGCUUACUAACUUGUAACUGCCAGCCAUGUGUGAGCAUGUGGUUGAAGAUGUGGUUAGAUAAGAUCAUUCGUUAUCUUCACACUUUCCUGUUUAAAUUUGGUCUCACACCAAGUUCACAGCUUCUGCCUUUGCAACCAAUUUAACCAUGUACGUUGAAGAGGGAGUCAUGAAAAAUGCUUUAAGAGUCAAUCGGAUACUAUGGAACAUGAAAAAACAUAACUAGUAUAACAAAAAAUAAUCCUCCAAAACAAUCGCUAAAAGAAGAAGCAUCCUCAUUCUAGUAGUUUCCGUUAUUCUUUUAAUAUAUUUCAAAGCUUAUAAUGAAGUGUAAUAUAUAUUUUUUUCUUUAGCACUUUAAAUUUAAAUUUCUUUGCCUAUGUUUUCUUAACAGGGUGAUUCGCUUUUUUUCACCAGAUCUGUGCCACAUCCUGUCAACAACAAUGUUCUCUGAUUAUCUUACCAUUUGACAGUAGAGGGUACAAGAAGAGUUGAAUGUCUCAUAUACGUCUCUAUCACUUCAGAGGAUUUCACAUUGACCUAGUAGGUGAAACCUGGAGACAUAUUUUCUAUUACUUCCCUGACCUCAAUAUGUUGAGAUUAACAUAUUUCGAUUAUUUUCCCAAUGAUUAAGACAAGUUCUUGUAGUUCGACUGAGUAAAAAGAUUUCAUAUUAUGAGUCAUACCUUGGCCACACACACACACACUCACACACACACACACACACACACACACACACAAAACCCGACUGACUUAGUACAACACAUGAAGUCGUUGUACAAGUUUGAGCAAAAAGUAGAAACAUGUCUGCAGAGUUCAUUCAUAAACUUACAGGCAGCUCUGAGUAGGAGGGUUCACUUGGAAGUGAACAGAGUUCAGGAAUGCUGGGCUUCUCUCCAGCUCCGAAGCAACGCGUCACAUUCUGUUGGAGGUUUCUCAAUAAAUGACUCUUUAAAAAUACCACAACGAUUGUGAUCUACUUCUGUGGCUUAGAGGGAGAAGAAGGGUGGGAGACAGAGGAGAAACCGUUUUAAGAAGAGAAGCCAUGAGUCACACUCCAACACUCAGAAGCCUUCUCUUUUUCUUCGGGUUGUAUGGGAUCUGUUCAGGAUCUCUACAAGAUGCAGACAACUGUACCAACUACAGACUCCAGUUUGAGAAAGUGUUCUCUGUUCCUGGGGAAAUGGCGAUGCUGAACAGCACCUUGGUGUCUCCAGACGUCUUCGACUUCAACACCGUCCCUUACACCAUCACCUGGUUAGACUCCAAGACCGGUGAAGAGAUAAGCAACCAGACGGGUCGAGUCCUGGUGCGAGGGGAGACUCUGUGGUUUCUGAACGUAACGCUGGACGACAGCGGGGAAUAUGUGACCAUACUGAGAACUCCUUCUCGGUGCUACAGACAGGCCACCAAGCUGGUCGUUCACCUGCCGCUUCCUGGAGAAUGUGGGAGGCCUAAAAAAAUUCGUCAAAUACUCACAAAAGGCAUCAAUGACAAACUCUCCUGUCCCCUGAAUGACUACAUCUAUAAACUGGACAGCUACAAUGUCAGCAUCUCCCUCACUUGGCACAAAGGUUGUGAGCCCAUACGGAAUGAAAUGGACGAAUAUAUCUACAGGCCCAGGUCCACGCUGCUUAUCAACAAGGUGGACGGUAAAAACCACCACAACUACACCUGCACUCUGAACUUCACUCUCGGAGGUGUCACAGGAUCCGUGUCGGAGACGAUUGAUGCGUGUGUCAUAGAGGAGCAUUCAAUGGUUCCACAAGUGCAUGAACCAACCAAUGGAACAAUCAGUGCACAGAUAGGAAGUAAUUUCAGCCAGUUGUGCAGUGUCUUUGUGCCAGGUGUUGGGUUGCCCUUCGUUGACGUCUUAUGGUGUCAACUAAAUAAAUUUGAGAUAUUUACCAGCAUCGACCCUGCCGACCGCAUCUACAUCACAUACCAACCGUUGAGGCACCAAGACGGUCCCAACAAAGGUGUGUGGUUGGAGGUUCUGCUGACGUUUUCUGAGCUGAGGAAGGAAGAUUUCCACAUCAACUUCACUUGUCAAGCGCAGAGUAGCCGUGGACAUCCUCAAGCAUAUUUUACUCUGGUACCAGCAGAUCCAAACAUCCUGAUUCCUAUUGGGUCCCUGUUUGGUUGUGUGAUGGUUUUCUUCAUUAUCAGUGUCAUCAUCUACUACAUGUUCAAAGUCGACAUCGUGCUGUGCUUCAGGAGAGUGUUUCCAGUCCUCUACACCAACAAAGAUAUGGAUGGGAGGCUGUAUGACGCCUACGUGGCAUGCCUACAGCCCUGUGCCAUCGGAUUCAGCGAGGAGGUGGAGACGUUCACCCUCCAGACUCUCCCCAGAGUGUUGGAAAAGGCCUGUGGCUACAAACUCUUCAUAGCAGGCCGUGACUGUGUCCCCGGGGAGGCCAUAGUGGACUCAGUGGAGGAGAACAUACAAGCCAGCCGGCGCCUCCUCCUGCUCUACACUGCCUCCACUUUCAGCAGCAAAAAACACACAAGCAGCACAAGCAGCUCGAGCAGCAACAAUAACAACCUCUCUAAGAACAACAACAGCGAAGACAACGGUGAAAGCAAGAUGGGUGAGGGAGGCAGCGGCGAAAGAAGUGAAGAAGUCUUUCCAGACACGAGGCAGAAUCUGGAGGUUCUGCUAGCAAUGCACAAAACGCUACUGGAGGGAUCGCUCAAGGUGGUUCUGGUUGAGUUGGAAGAGAUCACCUCGGCUCAGCUGGCUCUCUUCCCGGAGUCGGUGCAACACCUGAGGAAGAAGCAGGGUGCAGUGUGUUGGUGGAGGGAGCAAAGGAAGAAGCAAAGAAGGAGGACAUGUAUGACGAGGAGAGAGGAUGAGGAGAAGGCCGAAGGGGACGUGCAGCUGUCACCGUCCCUCUCUCCUUCCUCCAGGUUUUGGAAGGAGAUCAGGUAUUAUAUGCCAGUGAGGGGCAAGAGGGCGGUCUACCCCGAGAGAACUGCCCUGUUGAACUUAUGAUGGGCUAACGAUAUGCUUCAGAAAUACUGUGUUGUCAGAGUAAGCUGUGAGGUGAACAGCGGGACUUUCCUUCAGCUCAUGGACCUUUUCAAUUUGCACAUUUUGGGUGGUAAAACUUGUGCAGAGGAUUCCAGUCUGGAUGAUCUUGCAUGACCUGAUCUGUUGAUAUUCCAUAGCAAGUGGAGACUGAAGAAUCACCUGGAUAAAGGAGGACGGAUCAAAUAGAAUCAUCACGUAUAAAAGUCCAAUGUACAUAUGUAAAAAAAAGAAGUAAACUGUGAAUUUUUCAUUAAUUGUUGUUUAUUUGUUUUCAUGCAUCAAGGCACAACACAAGGUUCUCGUUAAAAAUAAAAAAUACUGUAUGCAGAAA